CUUUCACCACCGAGUUUAGCUUACAAAUAAUUUAAAAAAAAAAAAAACACCCAAAUCCCUUCAAACCCAAAGCUCAAUCUCUCUCUCUUUCUUUUAUUUUAUUUUAUUUAUAUUUGUUUGUUUUGUUGCUGUUUGUUUGCCUUGGUUUUUUACACCAUGGAGCUUCAACUGUGUCUCGCUCUUCCAGGCAUUAAUCCCGUCAAGAAAUUCGACCUUAACAACAACUUUGUUUUCGAUCCUCAAGACCACCACCUCAUCACCAACCAAUCCUCCUCAAACCCAUAUUGCUUUCUACUACCAACACACACUGCUACUACUACUACUGCUACUACUACUACUGCUGCUACUUUUGAAGACGUUAACACCAAGAAAAAACGCAGCUUUUGCCAAGCUUUUCUCGACCACAACGAAACCGUGCCUCCUCCAACACUACCUCUGCUUCCCUGGAACAACCAUCCUAACGACGAUGAAGACGACCUCCCCAAACACCUCCAUAACUUCAGCUCCCAAUCUUCCAUUAAUAUCAAAGAGGAGGGAGAUGGAGAUGGUGUGGUGGGUUGGCCACCGGUUAAGCCGUGGAGGAAGAAAUGCGUUUGGUGGCAUGGGUUUAACAAUGGCAGUGGAAGGACGACGGUGGGGAAUGGGUGUGGGUGUGGAGGUAGAGUUUCCAACUCUAUGUACGUCAAGGUCAAAAUGGAUGGAGUAGCAAUUGCAAGAAAGGUUAAUUUGAGCCUCCACCAUUCCUUUCAAACACUCUUACACACCUUGAUGAACAUGUUUGCAAAAUGUCAAGAGGACUCCGAUAAUUAUAAACUCACUUAUCAAGACAGAGAAGGAGACUGGUUAUUCGCUGAUCAGGAUGUUCCUUGGAGGACAUUUACAAGGUCGGUGCAACGUCUGAAAUUGGUGAAGAGGAGCCACUGAUAUAUGAAAGUGACACAAGUAGCUAGUGCCGGUUCAUCAGAUUCAGCUCCUUUAAUUUGCUCUAGCUACAUUCCUUAAUAUUGGACCCAUAUUAUAUAUAUAUAUAUAUAUCUAUAUAUAUAUGGGGAUUACUUAAUCUCCUUUUUUCACAUGAAUUUUGAAUGACUCUAGUAUUAUGUGUAUGUAAAAUAUAGGUUACCUAGAAAUCCUAAUCAUGUCAGUUGUAUUGUAUAUUUAUAUUUAUGUUUACUACCUUUCUAGACUAUAUAAGGGCAACAAUAUUAAUAGAAUUAGACUUGCUUACAUUGUUGCUAACCAUUUUCAGAGCAUUUUGUCAAAUAAUUUAUUUAUUAUUUAUUUUUGUUAUUAUUAUUAUUCU